CCGGCAGUCGACGCGAGACACCGUGACAAGCAGACGUGCGCGCGCGCAAUGUUCAGUGUUUAAAAAUGAAGUUAAUAUUAUUGUGUUUGUUUGUGGUUUGCGGCUGCAUAGCAGGUGCGCGGCAAAGCGACCUCUCUGCACCUGAUGCGCAAGAUAAAGUAAAAGAAAAGGAUGAUCUUCAAGACUACUACGAUGAUUACUAUGACUACGAUUUCUUAAAUAAACAAGGAAUAAAGCUGGAUAAAGAGUUAAAGGAAGCUAAAGAUAGUCAGGUCGAGGAGAGCAAAGAAGAAGUAAUUGAUAAGGCGAGUGGUGAAAGUCAAAACAUUGAAAGCAUCGAGACACUUGCAAGAGAUGCUGAAGAUGGCAAGAAAGACGAAAGCUCAAAAGAUAGUGCUGAAACUAGGGCAAAAGAAGCUAAUGAGGACUACGCGUUACUGUGGGGUGAUGAACAUGCACCUUUACAACCACCUAUCGCAGACGAUAAGGCUAUAUUCGACGAGACUCAGGAGCUUUUGAACGAAGAUGACGAUGUCAAUGACUUCGAUGAAGAAAAGAAAGAAAUAAACCUCCCAGCUAACGAUCAAUCGAACCUGGAAGAGAUUUUCGACGAAACUAAAAAACUUUUGGCUGAUAACGAAGAUGAUUUUGAUCUUCCUAAAACUACGUCUGAAAAACCAAAAGAGGAUAAUUCUCCUAAAGAAGAAAUUGCUAGCGAGGAGGAUACUGUUGCCAAAGUAAAGGAAGAUCUAGAUGAAGAUCUGAGACAGUUAUACGACACAUUGCAAAAACUUAGCAAGGAUGAUUCAAAGGAACCGCAAGACACAGAAGAAGUUAACGGAAGCUCUGUCUUGGACUAUGAAGAGAAAUACGGAAAACCGUAUCAUGAAGGCUUGUUGCUAUCGCAAAGAGAUGAUGACAACGACUAUGAAGAAAUGGAUAGCAAUCUCUCCGAACUAUUCGCAAAACAUAGAGAAACAUCUGAAGUAAUCGACAGUGGGGACGCAGAAAAAGAAGAAUACAAUUUCGAUGACGACGUCAAGGAAAGCGCAGAGAACAAAACUAAUGCUUCUAAUCCGACUACACCAAUCAUGUACAAAAACGAUGCCCUUGUGGACGAAAGUCAGAAAGCGAGCAGUGACGAAGUCGAGCAGUUUGAGGGAGAACCAAAAUUAGCAACCAAAUCAGAAGAGAAGGUAGUAAAAGAUGAGAAGUCGAAAUUGGAAUCCACAACAGAGAGUCAAAGGAGAACCAAAAUGGUCGAUGAAUUGUCAAGCGCAGAGCUUGAUGACCUAAUGCAACAGUUCGCGAUGGUUCACAGCGAGGACCUGGAUGUUCGAGCCCCUGAAUUCUCCAAAAACGUGGCCCCGAUUCACAUAACCCUGAGUGCAGAUAAACCAACCGUGGUGACGUCACCGAACUAUCCUAACAAUUACCCCACCAACAAUAUUAUUGAUUGGAUCAUAGAAGGUCGUGGUAUGGGAAUCGAAAUGAAUGUUACUAGCUUUGCUGUGAACGGAGCUAUUGGUGACUACGUUUUGGUUAAACCAGGAGGUAUCGACGACUCUGGACAUGAGGGUAUAAUCUUCACUUACCAUCUGAACUCCGAGAGGCGGUUCCGCUUCAGCGACGUGGACCGGCUGUUCUUGAGGUUCGAGUCGAAGAUCGGAAUGAGCUUCACCAGAGGAUUCAGCAUAAGCUUCAAAAUGAUGACUCCACCAGAAAUCAACCCUGAAGAUAUGCCCGAACCAGAAGCAGUUCUGACUCCACCGCAAGCAACCAUGACUGUGAACCUCGCCAGGGUCGAUGCUAUAUACUUCAAGAAGAUCCGCGAAGAUUUUAGAGAGCUAAUAGCUGAUAUGGCCACAGAAUACAUUAGUGACAACAAAAUUGAUCGUGGAAAGAAUGCUACUAUCGAAAUUACCCAAAUCACGAACCAUGGGCUGUGCAACAUCCACUGGCCGGGGCAUGAGCAGUGCGUCACUGUGACUUUCGGAGUCCCCCUGACUUACGAGGAGGGCAUGAACUACCGGCUUAACGAGACCGACCUGCAGAAAAUGUGGAAGUACAUCGAGAAGGAGGACUUCAGUAAACGGAUGGAGUUGCUUGGAAUUGAGGAGUUCAUCGUCCCCGACGAUCAAUCGGUGUUGAUGAUGUGGCUGUUGAUCGGCGCGGGAGUGGUCGUCUCGAUGGCGAUGUUGGCGUUCGCUCUGUGGCGAUUCAGCUGCUUCGAUGAUUACACCAGGAUGCAAGCCUUCAGCGACACAGACAGUAUAAAGGCGCAAAAGAGGGAUUUGGAUCUCUAUCCCACCCCCCACCAGACCCUGCCACCCCUCUACAGCGAGAACGACUACAAAUGGCCUGAUCUCAACAAAUUCGAUGAUGAUGCUAGAGUGGACAUUGGAGGGUUCGCCAACAGAAGUUAUAUCCGAGACGACUUGUACGACUUGGACUACGAAGAAGAAGUGCCCAAUAACGAAAGAGUCAGAAACAGCCUCCGAGACAACUACAGCAAUGUUUAGAAAUAAUACGAGUUUUAAAAUUGUGACACAUUAUCAAAAAACCUGCCUCUCUUAAUCCUUACUAUGGCUAAUGUAUUGCCGUUGAGCUAAAUAUCUCAUAUUUGUGCAGCUUUGUCAUCCCCAGCGUUUAGAACUGAAGGAUUAUAUACUCUAAAUAAGUCAGAAUAAAUGACUUUUUAAAUGAAUUUGUAUUGUGUCAUGAUUUACAAGUGUUAGUCGACGAUAAAUAUGAAGUCGCCAUUUUUUAAUGUCGAUAAUAUAACUGUGUAUAUUUAUAAUAAGGUUUAAUAUGUGAUUAUUAUAGCAACUGUCAUUUGAAAUGAAAAUAAGACAAAAUUUUAAAUCAAAGCGAGUAUAUUAUAGUAAAUGUGUUAUGAUUUUAAUCAUAUUUUAUAUGAAAAUAUAUAAUAAGACUAAAAAUAUACUGUGCGUUAUUUGUUUAGUAAUAUAUUGUGGUAUUAAAUGUAAAGCAUUUAAAAUAUACGUGAAUGUUAAUGACAGUAUAUGUAAAAACUAAAACGAAAAUGUGGUUCCUUACAGAUAUUCAUUUUGGUAAUAAAAUAUAAUUGGCAUAUAUAUUUGUGUAUUUUAUUUGACAUAAAUGUUUAUCUAAAAUAUAUUGCUUUAAUAAUAUCAGUUAAUUUUAUUUCCCAAUUUUAUUCUGAAGGAACUGUAUUUUCGUAUGUAAUAUAAGAAUACCUAAAACUAUAUUAGAUAAUUAUAUUAAAUAUAUUAUAGGCCGUUGGUAUAGGCGAGAUAGUUUCCGUUAUAAUGAAAUAUUUUAUUGUUACCUUAAAAUUUAAGGUAGUUUAUUGAUCAAAAUUAGUAUAAACUUCUUGCAUGGACUUAGGCAAUGUAAGAUAUAUUUAAAUUUUAUUUCAUUUAUUCUGACUAUGUCCAUGUUGGUUGUAAAUGAUUAUUAACAAUGAUUUUGGAAUAACGCAAUCAUACUCAGGCCGUUAGAACUAGUGUUGUUAUUUUUUAUUUGUUUUAUAAAAAUAUUUUUAAAAGAAUUUAAAUUUUUGUUUUGGUUUUAACGACGAAUAAACAGUUAUUUUUUUA